AUGGCGGAGCAGGACAACAUGCAGUCGAUCAGCGCUGAUGAAAUUGCGCUGUAUGACCGACAGAUCCGACUCUGGGGAGUCCAAGCCCAAGAAAAGAUCCGAUCAGCAAACAUCCUCCUUAUUUCUGUGAAAGCCCUGGCCAAUGAAGUGGCCAAGAACCUCGUCCUGGCGGGCAUCGGCUCGCUCACGAUCCUCGACCACCAGGAUGUCACGGAAGAGGAUCUGGGUGCGCAGUUCUUCAUUACAGAGGCGCAAAGCGAGGGAGAUGUGAUUGGCAAAAAUCGCGCGCAAGUCGCAGGACCUCAGAUCCACAAGAUGAACCCGCGCGUGAAGCUGAACAUCGACACCGAAGACGUCAAGACGAAACAACCCAACUUCUUCGCGCAAUUCGAUCUCACAAUCGCCACCGAACAAGACUUCCUCACAAACACCACAAUCAACGCUGCCUGCCGCUUGGCCAACAGACCAUUCUACGCAGCCGGGCUACACGGAUUCUACGGCUACGCGUUCGCAGACCUCAUUAGCCAUGACUUUGUGAUCGAGCGCGCCAAGUCCAACGUGAACACCACGACACAGGAAACAGCAACCCGCAGCAUAAUCUCCACAAGCACCAAAAAAGAAAACGACAAGGCCAUCGAGCUCGUCACAAAACGGGAAAUCUACUCCCCUCUUAUCCUCGCAAACACAUCCCCUCUUCCAGAAGAAUACACUCGUUUCCCCCGUCGCCGCAAGCAAGUAACCCCUCUACUCAGCUGUCUCCGUGCCCUCUGGGAAUUCGAGAAACUCCUCGGCCGCCGCCCAACAUUCACACACGAAGACCUGGAACUUUUCACCCGACUGUCGCGCGACAGACAUCAAGAAUUGAAACUAGAGCCUGUAACUCUAGAAGCUGAGUUCCUGCGAACAUUCCUACAGAACCUGGGAAGCGAGUUGAGCCCCGUUGCAGCGUUCCUAGGUGGAGCCCUAGCACAGGAUGUGAUCAAUGUUCUUUCGGCGAGGGAGCAGCCACUACAGAAUAUUCUGCUGUUUGAUGGCGAGAAGUCCGUUGGCCCUAUCUAUCCUCUGCACCCGUUCUUCCCUGACCUGGGCGCUGGAGCUGAGAUGGCUGCUGCUGCACCUGUUCGGAAUCCGGUGACUGUUCCUGUUGAUGGGGUAAUCGGUCAGAAUGGGCAGUAG